CCCAAUAUCAAAUCUUACAAAUACGACAAAUGAUAUGUAUGUAAUUCAUGCCACGGUAUACCAAGUUGGAAUUAUAACAAAUAAAUCGGAUGACGAAAUUGCUAACAUGACAGGCAAUCAAGAAGCUUUAUCAUUUUACCAUAGUAACGGAACUGCUGUGGACUUGAGCGGCAUUCCUGCCCCGCUGUUGACGAAUGUGACUGCUCAGAGCGCAGUGGCCGUGGUCCCGGUGCAAACCAGUGCAACCUCAGAUACUAGUCCUCCUUUGAGCAUUCUUGACCAGAUUACAAAGGGGAAAAGGAGCCCAAUAGUUAAACGAUCAGAAUACUACCUUCACCCAUUUAGAAGAGAAACAAACGAGGCUGAAGAACGUGGAGAUAACAAACGUAGUAUUUACCUCUUCAGAAGAUCGAUGGACAACUCCAGCAGCAGCCCGGCUAUCAAAGUAGUGAAGGAAACAUCCCUGAUUCCACCAGAAGUGGGCUUGAAGUCCAUAGGUCUACCGGCCUUAAUUGGACUCAACACGAGCAUUGAAUCCGUCCCUCUUCCGAUACCUAACGCUUCUGUUGUUCGAUAUGCCAAAAUAAGCACCCUUGUGAAAACACCUUAAAUAAGUAUUUCGCCAUGCUUAUAUGUUUUAUCAUUAAAUUUAUACCAAAAAGGCAAGAUUAUGGAUCUAAUCAAUAUUUUUACGACGUCUUGAGGGAUGCGCUUAUUCUUCGAUCGCAUAUCGCAGCUCUACUAAGGUUUCAGGAGCGGAUUUCUUGGACCGGAUUCUUCUUUUCAGCUCGUGCCAAUGGUGAUCGAUCGGUUUCAGGUUCGGACUUCAAACUGGCC